AAUAAUACAAUUGUUUUAUUAUUUUAUGUACUAUCAGUGCAGUGGAAGAGUCUUAUACUGAAACAUGGCGGUCAUGUUACUGAUGGAUUUGACAUGAGUUCAUUAGCUAAAGUAUCAGACGGAUACACUCCAGGACACAUGAUCACUGGAAUAACACAACUUCGUAAGUGUCCAUUAACCACAGCAGAAUUCAUUCCUUUUCUUGCUAAAAUUGAUCCAAUUUAUAGAGAAGAAGAGGAAGCAUACAAAGCUUGGUUUAACAAGACUCCUCUUGGAAAGAAGAGAGCUAAAGCUAUCAAAGAAGGAAUGGGAGAGGAUGAUGGAGGAGGAGGGAAGAAAGGGAAGGGAAAGGAAAAGAAGAAAUAAACACAAAA